AACAGCUUCAAGCAAACCACACCUUCAGUAUCCCACCAUCGCAGAUAGCCAUCUUGCCACAAAACGCCUUCGUAGGAGAAUACGGGAUACACCCCUUUCUUCGCGAUCAUGGCGCCCAAACAGGAUACCAUGUUCCGCUCUGCGGAUAUGAGCAUGGUCCAGUUGUACGUUGCCAAAGAAAUCGGCCGCGAAGUCGUCAACGCAUUGGGAGAGUUGGGCCAGGUUCAGUUUCGAGAUGUAUGCAUUACGAUUGUCAAUUCAGAACUUGGAACUAAUUUUCAUGGCAGCUUAACUCGGAUGUGACCGCUUUUCAGCGGACUUUUACCCAAGAGAUCCGACGACUGGACAAUGUUGAGAGACAGCUGCGUAGGUAGCACAAGUAUCAUGCAAUCCAUACACGCUGACCAUAGCAGGAUACUUUCACUCGCAGAUGGAAAAGGCCGGAAUCCCUCUCAGGAAGAUAGAUUUCGAUGUCGAUACCUUGGCUGCUCCUUCAGCGUCCGAAAUUGACGAACUUUCCGACCGAAGUCAGAGCCUCGAACAACGAGUCGCCUCCUUGAACGACAGCUACGAAACCCUGAAAAAGAGAGAGGUGGAGUUGAUUGAAUGGAGAUGCGUACUUAGGGAAGCUGGACAGUUUUUCGAUCGGGCCCAUGGAAACGUGGAAGAAAUACGAGCAUCGAUGGAUGACGACGAUGCGCCUCUCCUCCAAGAUGUCGAACAAAACACUUCAGGGCAGAAUGGGCAGAACGGCGAUGCGGAACGUUCAUUCUCAGUCAUGAAUAUUGGAUUUGUUGCAGGCGUCAUUCCAAGAGACCGAGUUGCAGCAUUCGAACGUAUUCUUUGGCGUACACUCCGUGGUAAUCUCUACAUGAACCAGUCUGAGAUUUCCGAAGCUCUUGUCGAUCCCACGAAUAACGAGCCGGUCCACAAGAAUGUAUUUUUGAUCUUUGCACAUGGAAAGGAGCUUAUUGCCAAAAUCCGUAAGAUUUCGGAGUCUCUAGGUGCCGACCUUUACAGUGUCGAUGAGAACAGUGAUCUUCGUCGGGAUCAAAUUCAUGAGGUCAACACACGUUUGGGAGAUCUUGGGAGCGUACUCAGGAAUACCAAAACCACUCUUGAUGCCGAGCUUACCCAAAUUGCUCAAAGUCUGGCAGCUUGGAUGGUACUGGUGAAGAAGGAGAAAGCUGCAUAUCAAACUCUCAAUUUGUUUUCAUACGAUCAAGCCCGCAAAACAUUGAUUGCUGAAGCAUGGUGCCCCUCAAAUUCGCUUCCUGCAAUCAAAUCAACUCUGCACGAUGUCAAUAAUCGGGCUGGACUCUCCGUCCCUUCUAUCAUUAACGAGAUCCGAACCAACAAAACUCCACCAACCUAUCAAAAGACCAACAGAUUUACAGAGGGGUUCCAAACCAUUAUCAAUGCUUACGGAACUGCAAAGUACCAGGAAGUCAAUCCUGGUUUACCAACUAUUGUCACCUUUCCAUUUUUGUUCGCCGUCAUGUUUGGUGAUUUUGGACAUGGUUUCCUUAUGGUUGUGGCAGCCGCGGCAAUGAUUUAUUGGGAAAAGCCACUGAAGAAGGUUCGAGACGAACUGUUUACCAUGGCUUUCUAUGGGCGUUACAUUAUGCUCAUGAUGGGUAUCUUUUCUAUGUACACCGGUCUCAUCUACAAUGAUGUCUUUUCCAAGGCAUUCUCUAUCUUUCCUAGUGCAUGGGAAUGGAAUAUUCCUGAUGGAUGGCAAGAAGGACAGACUGUUACGGCAUCUCUCAAACAAGGUGGUUAUCGCUACCCCUUUGGUAUUGAUUGGAUGUGGCAUGGCACGGAGAACGACCUUUUGUUUUCCAACAGUUAUAAGAUGAAACUCAGUAUUUUGAUGGGUUGGGUCCAUAUGACCUAUUCGCUAUGUCUGUCUUACAUCAACGCACGUCAUUUCAAGACACCAAUCGACAUUUGGGGCAAUUUCGUCCCGGGUAUGAUUUUCUUUCAAUCGAUUUUCGGAUACCUUGUCUUUACCAUUAUCUUCAAAUGGUGUAUUGACUGGAGCGCGCCAGGUGCAGGAUCACCCCCUGGUCUCUUGAACAUGUUGAUUUACAUGUUCUUGUCGCCGGGCACGAUUGAUGAACAGCUGUAUGCUGGUCAAGCCCCAAUCCAGAUUUUCCUUGUACUCAUUGCGAUUGUUCAAGUUCCGAUAUUACUCUUUCUGAAACCGUUCUACCUCCGAUGGGAGCACAACAAGGCUCGUGGAAAGGGAUACAGAGGAAUUGGCGCAAAUUCCCGGGUCAGUGCUCUCGAUGGAGAUGACGAGGAUAGCAAUACCUUGGAUGGAAGAGCCAGCUUGCUCAGUGACGGCGAAGGGGUUGCUAUGAUCACGCAAGAUGUUGGAGAUGAGGAGCAUGAGGAGUUUGAGUUUUCCGAAGUCAUGAUCCAUCAAGUGAUUCACACUAUUGGUAAGUCUCUCGAGCGUAGGUGUCAAGAAAGGCCAUGCUGACCAGUCUAGAAUUCUGCUUGAAUUGUGUUUCACAUACGGCUUCGUACUUGCGUCUCUGGGCCUUGUCUCUGGCACAUCAACAGCUUUCUGUUGUGUUGUGGACCAUGACUAUUGCUAAUGGUCUUGCUACAACCGGACCUCUAGGAGUUUUCAUGGUGGUGGUGACUUUCUAUGCCUGGUUCUUCCUUACCAUUGCCGUUCUGGUGGUGAUGGAGGGUACCAGCGCCAUGUUACACAGUCUCCGUCUGCAUUGGGUGGAGGCGAUGAGCAAGCACUUCUUGGGUGACGGUAUACCCUUUGAGCCAUUUUCAUUUAAGCAGAUGUUGGAAGAUGACGAUGCGGCGGCGGAUAUCUCCUAA